GUAUUUAGAAAAAGGACUAUGCAGUCAGCUGAAGCUGACUUAAGAAAACCAGAAAGUUUAUGGCCAGCAAGUAUCAUCUAGGUUUGCAUACCUGCACUGUCAUUUGUUACAUUGUUUCAUAUAUAUCUGAAAUAUAUUAAUUGUAAUAUAAUUACAGCAUAUAUAUCCAUUUAUAUGUGUUUAUAUACCUUAUUAUUUAUUCCAUAUACUUAGCUCUUUAAAAACUGAAGGUUAGGAGUAAGGUUUACCUGCAUGUACAUAAUGUGGCAGGCUUUUGUAAAUGAUACAUUUUCAAUAAUGCAGACUUUUAAUCUUGUUCUCUACGUGCUUUAAAGAGAUGGCAGAGCUGGCAGAGCAUGGUGUUUUCUUGCCAUAUAAUAUGCAAGGACUGACAGAUGAGCAAAUUGAAGAACUGAAGUUAAAGGAUGAGUGGGCGGAAAAGUGUGUACCAAGUGGUGGAAGUGUCUUCAAGAAGGAUGAAAUUGGGCGAAGAAAUGGACAUGCUCCAAAUGAAAAAAUGCAGCAAGUUAUAAAGAAGACAAUAGAGGAAGCCAAGGCAUUAAUCUCUAAGAAACAAGUUCAGGCCAAUGUGUGCAUUAAUAUGGAGAUGGUGAAAGAUGCAUUGGACCAGCUCCGAGGGGCUGUGAUGAUUGUGUAUCCAAUGGGAUUGCCUCCACACGAUCCAGUUAGGAUGGAGUUUGAAGAUAAAGAAGACUUGUCGGGAACUCAUGCUGGACUUGAAGUUAUAGAAGAAUCAGAAGCACAGUUAUGGUGGGCAGGAAAGGAGCUGAAAGAAACAAAGUUGCUCUCUGACUAUGUAGGCAGAAAUGAGAAAACUACCAUCAUUGUCAAGAUACAGAAAAAAGGACAGGGAGCUCCAGGGCGUGAACCUCUGAUUAGUCAUGAAGAGCAAAAACAGAUGAUGCUGUAUUACUACAGAAAGCAGGAGGAACUUAAGAAACUAGAAGAGGAUGAUGACGACUCAUUUCUGAAUGCUGAGUGGGCAGACAACCAUGCUUUGAAAAGGCAAUUUCAUGGUGUAAAAGACAUUAAAUGGGGGCCGAGAUGAAGCUCUGCGAACACCUUUUUGCCUCUUUAAGCUGUUUGGUUGAUACACUUGUUUGCAAUGUGCAGUAGAUUCUCCUGACGAAAUCUGAAAUUGUCACUUCCAUAGCAGAUGCCUGUUUCAGCCUUAGGUUUUCAAUAAGUGUUUACAUUUCUGUUUAACUGUAGAAGCACUUGCCUCUGCAAAGAAUGGAAGCGAUCCUGUCGAAGUUUGUUAUUUUAUUAGAAACUUGUAAUUUGAAUAUUAAAUAUUAAACUAUUUCACAGAUGAUAUAUCUAGUAAAUAUGCGCUAGAAGGUUUGGUAAUGUUUUGGGUGGUCUUUAUACUUUCUUGCAUUUCCUUUAGAUGGUAUGAUCUGUAGAAGGUAAUUUAUUUUAUAAGAAAUCAUUUUUUCCCAGGCUAAUCCUGUGAAAGUUAGUGACUUUUAUCUUCUUGUUUGCAUUUCAACAUAGCUAGACUAUCCUUUUGAAAUGAGUUGACCUCUUAGCAAUUGUUUGAAGAAAGUAUUUUUAUAUAAACACAAAUAACAU